AUGCGAACCGUGUCAAAUGCCUGUGAUCCGGAAGAGAUCUUUUCCGAAUCCCUUCGCUAUCGUCUGCAUUCUGCACUCGUUUCACUUGCCACAAAAUCGGCUAAACACGAUCAGACCUAUUGUAGCCGCCAAGGAAUUGAUGGCGUUAUGGUCAUAAUGAAGCAGGGUACACAGGCUCUUGCCGAUCAGCUCAAACAGAAGUGGGCCAACGACCCGCAAUGCCAGAACCUGGUCGUGUUUCUGUACUCGGACGCCGACCGGAAGUUGUACAUGUCCGGGGAGGCGAAAUCGGGAUUGUCCCAAUCCGACUUUGACGCCGCGCUGAACGCCCAUAUUCAGCAACUCCAACACCCAUCAGAUUCCAAUGAAGCGGCCAUUGCGAUUGCUGGGGUUUUGAAAGAUAUCGGUGACAAAAAAUGGGCCGACUACGGCGGAAGCCAUCCCUCCCAACCGCUCGCCCAUUUCGGAAAAAGCACACCUCUGAGCUCGUCUCUAAAAAUGGGGAUGCGACUGCUUUUCCACAUUGAUCCGAAUGAUCGCCCGAAUUUUGACGAGGUCUUGCUGAAGAAUUUGGUGUCGCAGAUCGCCGGCAGAAAGGUGGCCGUCAUCUCGGUAGUAGGAGGUUUUCGCGAGGGAAAGUCAUUUUUUGACAACAUCUUGCUAAAAGCCCUGCAAGCCGGAAAGGCCGCCUUCCGUCCUGAUGAAACCAUUGGAGGCACCGCCGGGAUCGAGUUCAAAAACGGUCCAGAGCGCCACACGAUUGGGAUACAAGUCUGGGAUCAGAUUUUUGUGAGAAAGGACACUUCCGGUAAUGAGGUAGCAGUGCUGCUACUGGAUACCCAAGGGAUGUUCGACACGCAGAGUCAGCUAAAGCACUCCACCAUCAUUUUCAUGAUUUCGCUGAUGUUGUCAUCGCAUUUUAUCUUCAACAAAAACGGCUACCUCAACGCCCAUGAUCUCGUCGAUAUGAACGUCUUUGUCGAAAUGAGCCAGACGGGGAAACAGAAAGUUGGACAGCAUCUGUAUUUUCUGAUGCGUAACUGGGGCGGUGAUGGUGACGGAUUCGCUCCGCAAUAUCUGGAGCAAAUUCGGAACGCCUCCAGCCGCACCGACGACCUGAAGGACAAGAUUUCCGGGGUCUUCCAGGCGUUUGAUAGGGUUGAAUGCUACACAGUUCCGGCUCCCGGCGGAGCAGUUACGCGAGCUAAUGGAUCGAUUAAAGCUUCAGAUUGCGACCAGGAUUUCCUCAACCAUCUCUGCCAGUUCGCCAACCACGUCGUCGCGAAUGUCGAGCCCCGACGAGUUCUGGGAGCUCAAUUAGCCGGAGGAGCUUUUGAAGCUUAUGUCAAGAACGUACUCAACCACGUGACGGCCAACAGCGCACUUUGCGUCAACAACGCUUUGCAGGCUACGAUCGACUAUAGUCUACGUUUGGCAAAGGACAAGGCAAUGGCCCAGUUCAAUGCUCAGCUGCCUACAGCCAUCGCACUAAUGGGAGGCGAUGGCACCGCUGAUACCACACUUAACGCCAGACUAGCCACAAUUUGCGCCGAGGCCCAAAACCUGGCGGCACUGAAAAAGGAAUUUGAGCACAAAUGCAAUGAGAUAAGGGCGCAGAAUAGCGAGAAGCGUCGCCAGCAUGAGCAGCGGGAAGCCACCAGGAAGCAGUUGGAAGCGCUCGAGAUACAGCGAAAGCAGGAAAAAGACCGCGCCGAUGCGGAGCGGAAACGCGCUGAACAAGCGCUGCUAGAAAAACGUCAGACCGAAGAAAGGCUCGAGAGGGAACGACGUGAAGCCACGGAGCGUCAGAUGCAACAAUUCCACGAUAUGCAACUUCGCGAGCGAGAGUUGCGCCAGGAACAGUUGCAAAUGUUCAUGAUGCAGCAGCGCCUAUGUCAACCAGUUUAUGCCAACUGGGGUGGAGGUUAUGAGCCCGAAGAACCGGUGCGCAGAGGGCCGGGUCGUCCGCCGGGCAGUAAGAACAAGCCGAAAGUGGAUCCGCCAAAACGCGGUCCUGGUCGCCCACCAGGCAGCAAGAACAAGCCAAAG